AUGGGUGCUGGAGAUAGUGUAAUUAAUAGUGGUCUUACUAUUACAUUAGCAGAUCGACCGACGGAUAAUGCUUUCUAUUGGACGGGCGAACGCGUUGAAGGCAUACUUGAGUUUGCGAAUAAUCAUCAUCAUUCGAAUUUAAAACUAAAAGGAGCUUACAUCGAGUUGAUCGGUGAAAUUGCUUAUACAACAGAGCAAACAACAACAUGCAUUAAUGGCAUUCAGACGACAACAACUAUGAAUAGCAACAUUUUUCAGUCAAUACAUACUACCAGUUGCUUGGAACCACUCGCUAUUCCAAAUCAUACCGAUUUCCCAGUCACGACUACUACUGUUCAAACGCAUGAAUUGCCGUUUUUUAAUCAACGACAAAAUUUCU